AUGGAUGCACGAAGCGGUUGGGAAUACGCAGGAGUAGGCAAGAGAGGCAGCCCGGGGUCACGAGGGAUGCGCAGCGGUGAGGAGGUGAACAUGAGAGGGCGGGGCGCAGUGGACAUGGAUGUCUUGUGGGCGGAUCCAGCGGUGGGAAGGGGGGGCGGGGAUAGGGAUGCGCGCGCUGAUAACGGCGGGGAAGGCGGGGAGUACGACGACGACGACGAGGAGCACGAGGCGCCGGCGCUGGAGCGACUGGAAGCCGUGUCGCGCCACUCGACCCCGUCGCGCUUUUCGUUGAACGCCUCGCCCGAGGUGCCUGGCGCGGGCAGGGAAAGGUCCGCUGAGGGCAUUCCCCGACCGCGCACCGGAGGGCACGGCGCGCGCGGUAUGCACGACGGCGCGCAGGCGCAGAGGGGCGACGGGGCGGCCAAGGUCCAUCCGCGCACCCGGGCACUGCGCGCGUCGCACCACCGCCGCUGGGCGUCGUUCGACGGUUCGAAUGCCAUGCUUUGGGACGGGGAAGACAUCUCGCGUGCGCAUUCCGCGGAGAAUUCGGCGCGGUUGCCAUGGGGCGGCGCGGCGGAGCAACAGCUGCAGAGCUCGCUGCACCCCGACAGCCUGCUCCGCGAUCCCUCCGCGUCCGCGGUCGGCUCAGCUUGCCCAAAGCCCUCCGUGCGCCGAACGCGCACGCGACAGCAGCGACAACCGCGGGCGAACGCGAGCAGCCAGCUGCAGAUGCGAUCUCGAUCGGACCAGCUGGGUGAGUCGGGUAACCAAUCAGAUGGCGAAGUUGAGGGCGGCGGCGCGUUAGCGGGCGAGGGGUCCUCGGACGACGACGAGCUAUUCCGCCCCACGCCGCCGCGCAUGCUGGGCGGCGUAGGAGCGCGGUCCGGCAGGUGGGCGAGCGCGAGCAGCGGGGAGCGCGGGUCCGUGCUGGCGGCAUGGCAGCAGCGCGAGCUGGCGCAGGUGGAGGAGAAACUCCGCCACGCGGGCGAUGGCGGAGAGAUGACGGGAGGCGCGCUGGCGGGUGCGAGUCAGGGGCGGGGAAUGGAUGGACUGGGGGACGAGAGGCGCAGGCUCGGCGGAGAGGCCUUGUGGGGGAGGGGGGAAGGGGAGGCCGAGGCGGAGGCGGUGGGCGCAACGGAAGGGGACGGUAGUGAGUCAACGGUCAGGGGCGCGCAGGAUGGUGCGCUGGCAAGUGAGAUAAUGACACGUGGACUCUUGGAUGAUGCUGACGUGGAUGCGAGGGAGAAUGGGUCGUGCAGAAAGGGCGACGCGGGAAGGUGGAGAAGGGAGCAAGGGGAAGACGGGGGUGAAGGGGAAGCGGGGGAGGAUGUAGGAGGGCGGGAGGGAGGCAGUAAAGGGCUGGUGGGGGGCACAGCGGGGCAGGAGGAGGCGGAGGCGGAGACUCAAGAGGGGGAAGAUGCGGAGGGGGAGGUGGGGGCGGGGGAGAGGGGGGAAGCUGACGGAGAAGAUCUGGAGGUGGUGAGCAGAGUGGACGGCGCGGAGGGGGAGGGGGAAAGCGAGGCGCGCAGUGCAGAGGAGCACAAGGCGGAGGAGGGGGAAGAGCGCGAGCAGGGUGGGCAUGGGGAGGGCGGGUGGCCCAAAUUCCUGCGGCGCAAUGCAACCGCGCAGCCGGGGGGGGCCAAGGGGGAGAGUGGGGGGGGCGGGGGAAGCCGGCUGGGGCAGCUGCUGCGCAACGGGACGUUCAAGCGCCCACAGGGGGAGGGCGAGGAGCGCCACGGCAGCCGCCUGGGACGCGUGGCCACCGCCGUGCGCGCUGGGCUCAAGUCCAGUGAGACUCGGGGGAGGGGAAGGGGAGGAUGUGGGGCUUUAGACAUGGGGGGAGGGGGGAGAGGUGGGGAGGGGAAGGGCUUUGAGGGGCUGGCAGCGCCCAAGCGCGUGCAGUUCCAAAUGACGGAGCUGGAGUUCGCCACAGACGGCUUCGCGCGGGAGAACAUAUUGGGAGAGGGCGGAUUCGGCACGGUGUACCGCGGCCUACUACCAGUAGCACCCCGCGUGGAGGUAGCAGUGAAGGUGUUGAAGCAGCUGGGCGUGCAGGCGGACGAGGAGUUCCACAUCGAGCUCGAACUGCUCUCCCGCCUGGACCACAAGAACCUUGUGCGCCUGCAUGGCUUCUGCUCCACCGCCACCCAGCGCAUGCUCGUUUAUGAGUACUUGCCUAAUGGGAGCCUCACCGACCACCUCCACGGCCCCCCUGGAACGGCGGAGCUGUCGUGGGAGCGGCGAGUGCGCAUAGCAGCGGGCGCGGCGAGGGGGCUGGCUCACCUGCACCGACAGCGACCUCAGAUCCUGCAUCGUGAUGUCAAGGCACCCAACAUCCUGCUCACCUCCAACUUCACUGCUAAGGUGGCGGACUUUGGGUGUGCGAAGCUGAUACGGCGCACGGAGGUGGUGGAGGACGCGGUGAAGGGGCGGCAGGUGGAGCGGCUGUGUGACAGUGUGGACUAUGCCAUGGGCACACCGGGUCACAUGGCGCCUGAGAUGCUCAUGACUGGGGAAAUCAGCGCUGCUACUGAUGUGUACAGUUUCGGCGUGGUGCUGCUGCAGCUGGUGACGGGGCGGCUGCCGAUCGACUCGAACCGCCAGCAGCUGACGAUGUGGGCGGCACCACUGCUGGAGGAGGAGCGCUGGGAGGAGCUUGUGGAUCCGCGCCUGCAGCGCGCCCUGCUGGGCCGCGCCAAUGGGGGGGGCGCAGGGGGCGGAGGAGGGGGGCGAGGGGGGGAGGAUGGCGCAGGGGCAGGGGCGGGGGCAGGGGCAGUGGGGGAGUUGAGGCGGCUGGUGGCGGGGCGGUCGGUGGGGCGGUGUGUGCAGCUGGCGGGCACAUGUCUUGACAUGGACCCGCUGCAGCGCCCCUCCAUGGAGGACGUGGCUCUCUCCCUGCUCGCCAUCUACAGCUCAGCCUGCGCGGAGCGUGAUGAGGCGCUGCAGCCGGCAAGCGAGGGCUUCAGAAGCGGGCGAAUGCUGCCGCCCGCCGGCCCGUCCGACCCCACGCGGGCGGGGUCGGGGGGGAGCGGCAUGCCGGGGGCGGUUGGGGGGGGGAGCGGGGCAGUGGUGGGGGGAAGUGCGCGGAUGACUGCCAGUAGUGGGGGGCUGUCAGUGUCGCCUGAGAGGCCAGCCGGGACUGCCAAGGCCAGAUUCCAGAGGAACCGGUCAGCCCGGCACACGAGCUUUGGAUGA